AUGGAGAUUGUCCCAGGAAUGGGCAGACUUGAAGAUAAUGAGGAUCCAGACGCAUUUUCGUACACCUGGGCCGCAGUGGAACUGAAGCGGGAGGAGCUUGCUGAGCUCCUGGAGUCUUUGUGGAGGAUGCAGGUCGAUCUAGCAAACGCCUGA